AUCAGUCAGUUUAAAAAACAAAACAGUUCCCAUUCUAACUGAAAGGAUUGACUGCCCGAUCGUUGAACCACUCACUCAUCCAUCUAGUCUCUCUCUUGUCCUCCCCUCAUGUACCAGUCCUGCCACUUCAGGAAGAACGCUUGCCAAGAGAGAAAAUUCUAUUGCUCGUUGUGUGAGAGGAAGACCCUGCUUCCUUUCCAAGUGUCCAGCACCCCAGCCCAGACAGCCUCUUCUCUCAACAGGGGUGGUGGGGGCUUCAGGUCUGAAAGGCUCCAGUGUCCCCCAGCCAGGUAGGCGUGCCUUGGCCUUGGCUGGGCCCCACAGGAAACGGAGGAGUCACGGAGGACCACCCCCAAACCUCUGCUUAAAGGGGCAGCUGGCCCAGGCUGCAGUCAGGCCACCUUUGCACCAUGACACCCCAGCUGUUCCCCCUGCUGCUGCUGCUGCUCCUGGCUGGGCUCCCCGCCACACGGCCGGCUCCCCCGACCUGCUACUCUCGGAUGCUGGCCCUGAGCCGGGAGAUCACCUCUGACUUCCAGAGCCUGCAGGCCACUGAGCCCUCGGAGGCGUGUGUGAGAUACCUGCCCAGGCUGUAUCUGGAUAUACACAAUUACUGCGUGUUGGCCAAGCUGCGGGACUUUGUGGCAUCACCCCAGUGCUGGAAGGUGGCCCAGGUGGAUGCCUUGAAGGACAAAGUGCGGAAACUGUACACCAUCAUGAACUCGUUCUGCAGGAGAGAUUUGGUGUUCCUGUCGGAUGACUGCAACGCGUUAGAAUACCCAAUCCUAGUGACCACGGUCCUCCCGGAUCACCAGAGCUAAGGCAGUUCAGACCAGAGACAGAACCUGGGGGCAUGAAGUUACGUCAGCUGCCCAGACACAACAGGCUAAAGCUGUGGCUCCCACAGCUCUCCUUGAAACUCACGAGUUUCUCUUCACCUUCUGGAAACCACAGCUUGUGAUUCUACCUUGGAAUCAAUUCUGAACAUAAUUAGAAGCUUUGCUUCUCAUUCCCCCUUGUUUUUAUCUUGCCAGGAUGGUUAGAUACACAAGCAUGUUGAUUUGGUCACUGAGAAGGAAAGGGCAAAUCAGCGUCUCUCGUAUGAACAGUCAGCUUGAGAACAAGCAAAAUAGUAUGUUUGUAGUACUACUUUAAUGGCGUGGUGGUACCAUUUUUCUCUCUUGAUAGAAACCUGCUUCCAUUUAAUCACGCUUCUAUUUUAUACCUUUUUCAACUACAAAUGUUCCUUACAGUUAACUUUCAUUUUUUAGAAGAAAUUUCACUGCCUGUAAGAUGUAUUUGUAAGGUUUGUAAUGACAUAGUGCUGAUGGGAACCACUCUUUCAUUGAAAGGUGAUGAAAAUCAAAUAAAGACUAUCAUUAC